UAUAUUAUCAAAAACGUCCCCAAGAUCCCAAGCUGCUGAUUUGCAGACCGAAAUUCAGAUUCAGAGCUGGGGAGUUGAAGCCUAGUGUACUGCUAGUCUACUACUAUAGCUCAUGGCAACAGUAGCCUCGUAUUCUCCAAAGCCUUUCGCUUCUUACAGACCAACACAAACGGUUGGCGCUCCAACCCCAUCAACUGCAACUCACCUUCCGCCAUUGCCGAUCUCUCGUCGUAGACAAACCUUGAAACCCAUUAUCCACGAUAUCCUUCACAACCACGGCACCGUGGCAGCUCUUGUCGGGACAGGUUUAGCCCUGACAGUUGGCGGAGCUGCCUCUGCUGCGGAAUUCCCUUUACUGGGUUCUUCUCUGCAACUCAAUGAACCCGCAAACGCACUCUCGCUGCCGACCUGGGCUGUUCAUGUCUCCAGCGUCAUCGAAUGGGUCACGGCAAUGGCUUUAGUUUGGCAAUACGGGGAGAAAUCUGGGUAUGAAUCUUGGAAAGGGCUCUCUUGGGGUAUGGUACCCCUGCUAGGUGGGGCAUUAUGUGCAUGUACAUGGCAUUUCUUCUAUAACUCCGAAUCUCUCGAGGUACUGGUGGCUAUCCAAGCAGCAUUGACAGUUAUUGGUAACUUGACUAUGUGCAUUGCCGCAUUUCGCAUAUACAGAUCUUUUCAGAAGGGGCCGGAGAACCUGUAAGAGUACUUUUUACUAGAACCAUGGCCAGUCUACAAGUUGUACUAGUACAGAGAAAAAGGAAGAGGAAAUAAAGUAGAAGUGUUCUCAGCUAUGAGGGGAAAUGAAUCUCUUCGCGACAAGAAACCCAAAUCCUUAGAAUGACACUGCACAUUCAGAAGACAAAUGUCCUUCCCAUGUUAUAAUUGUUGUGAAAUAUGUAUGCACAGACCACUGUGCAGCUUCUGGCAACAUUACAAAGGAACAUUAUUUUUUCAACUAAAAGUUGGAUGUAUUGGCUGGUAAAUGCUGGAAGAUCUGAGAUAUCUAAAACAUCAGUGAAUUUGUCUGUCAAACAAGGGAAUCGACGGCAUCUUCCUAGUUGUAAUACUAUACAUUUUCAAGUUUCUGUAUUAAUUAUCAUAAGCUGUAGCGUCUUUAGAUUAAAAGAGUCUAUAUGACCUGUUAAAGGGUUGUUAAAUAUGAAGUGCCUCAAGUUUGUUUUUGUGGUUCUUCA